CUGGCCUUCCCUUCCUUCACCUUCCAUAUUCUUGUCAUUGAUCCCAGUCUCACAUUGUCCUGAUCUUCACCUCAACACCCAUGCACCCACACACACACACACACACUCCUUUGCCUGCAUUCUUUCAUGUCUUCUCUUCUCUUGAUUAAAAUCCCCAUGGCUUUCCUGUGAGCCCUCAUCUCUAACCUUUUCUACCUCACCUCUUUGCUGCUAUUACAUCACGUUUGCUUCGCAGCACUUUUCAUUCGAAUCUUUAUUCCCUACUGCCCAACCAAUCUAUCCUGCGAACCUCUACCUCAACAUCCCUCUCGCUCUCUUGCCCUACAACCCCCGCGCUCAUUGUAUCCUGUAUCCUAUCAUAUUACAGACAUUGGCUAUCAUCAUUGUGACGGGCUGUCAGCAGCCCUCCUGUGCUGCCCACAAUGACAGUCUUCAUAGCAACUCUGUUCCUUCCCUACACUGUCGUCUUCGACCUCUCAUCCCCGCGACCUGCCUCACCAAAUAUUCAACGACCUCAGUCGACAAACUCAGCCUCGUCAAAGACGAAGUCCCCUGACACUCCAGCCGUGAGCCUGUUCACGCCAUCAGCUGCUCUCACACAGAGUCCCGGCCCAUUGGUCCAGACUCCUGGUGCGACAACCGACCAUGAGAAGAUCUUUCUUUCUCAGUACAGCCGUCCCAUGCACUUGAGGCUUCCAAGCCAUCUCAAGCAAGACAUUACGCAGGAUGAACAAUCCCCACCCGCACCCACUCUACCCCCGCGGUCAAUCUCUCAGGCUGAUCUGCACUCCCCAGGCUGGGGAAAGUCCGUCACUUGGAAUCAGCCUCCCUCCAGAGCCAAGUCUCCCCCUCCCAGCUCCAUCUUGAAACAUGCUGCCAUCAACAACAAAGAAAAAGCUGCUGCUAUGCGAAACAACAUCCUUGCAACAAACAUUGGUCAGCGCCAGCGCAAAAAGACCAUCAGUCAUGAGCGCCGCUUCUCAGAAUACAACUACUCGGUGGAAAAAGCACAGCUCGGCAAUGGUGGGCUCUUCAUGGCAAUCAAUGCCGCCGCCGAGGCGGAUUUACUUGAAGACAAGACCUGGGUUGGCACUCUGGGUUGCCCUACAGAUGCUCUCGACAACGGUCUCAAAGAGAGUAUCGCUGAGAAACUCGAGAGUGCUUACGAUGCCUUGGCCGUCUACGCUGCAGAUAGCGACAUCAAUGGCCACUAUGAACACUACUGCAAGACCAUUCUGUGGCCCGUCUUCCACUACCAGAUCCCAGAUCACCCCAAAUCCAAGGCCUACCAGGACCACUCCUGGAUCUUCUAUGUCAAGGUCAACGAAGCAUUUGCCGAUCGUAUUGCCAAGAACUACAAAAAGGGAGACAUCAUCUGGGUUCAUGACUAUCACCUACUCCUCGUCCCCGGCUUGCUUCGAAAGAGACUGCCAGAUGCACAGAUCGGCUUCUUCCUCCACACAGCAUUCCCAUCAUCCGAGAUUUUCAGAUGUCUCUCCGUCCGAUCCGAGCUCUUGGAGGGUGUCCUGGGCUCCAGCAUGAUCGCUCUUCAAAAUGAGGAAUACUGCCACCAUUUCCUGCAGACGUGUAGCCGUCUUCUCAAUGUCGAAGCGACACGCCAUGGUGUUUUGCUCGAGGACGGACGGUUUGUACAUGUCCAAACCUGUCCCAUUGGAGUCGAUCCCAAAUCUCUCGAAGAACAGCGACGCCUUCCAGAGGUGGCGGAAUGGAUUAGGACUAUUUCGGAAAAGUACCAAGGCAAACGCAUCAUCGUCGGCCGGGACAAACUCGACAAUAUUCGCGGAGUUCGUCAAAAAAUGCUUUCCUACGAACUGUUUCUUAACAGGAACCCUCAAUACGAAGAUCAAGUCGUUCUCAUUCAGAUUGCGACCUCUUCCACUGAGGACCCCGAAUUGAGUGCCGCAGUCGCCGACAUUGUCACUCGCAUCAACUCUUCUCACUCCACCCUUGCCCAUCAGCCCGUUGUCUUUCUCAAACAAGACAUCGAUCCUGCUCAAUACACGGCUCUCCUGACCAUCGCAGAUUGCUUGUUGAUCACCAGUCUACGUGAAGGAAUGAACUUGACCAGCCAUGAAUUUGUCUUUUCUCAGAAUCCAAAAUUUGCAGACACCAAGUGCGGACCGCUCAUUCUUAGCGAGUUUACCGGUUCAGCGACAGUGUUUGGGAAGUCGGCUCUUCUGGUCAAUCCUUGGCACUAUACCCAGUGUGCCGACACCAUUAAGAUGGCCCUCGACAUGUCCGAUGAGGAAAGAGAGCGACGUUGGAAGUUGAUGUAUAAGAUUGUCACCGAAAACAAUGCCGUCAAGUGGUAUGAGACCUUUAUGGAGGCCCUCGAUCACGCUUGGAGAGAGCAGUCGAUCCGCAACUCCACAUCCGUCCCACGCCUGUCCAUCGCCGGAACCACUGCCAAAUAUCAGAAGGCCAAUCGACGUCUGAUCAUCCUCGACUACGAAGGAACUCUAGCUUCAUGGGGAGCCCCUACAGACAUUGUGCUUACUACGCCCAAGCGCUCCAUUGACGUCCUUAACGAUCUCACAGACGAUCCCAAGAACAUUGUCUAUGUCAUGAGCGCCAGAACACCAGAGGAAAUGGAACGCCUCUUCAGUCCCGUGUCCGAUAUUGGCAUGAUUGCAGAGAAUGGUGCUUUCUUGCGUGAACCGAGGACCGAUGAGUGGAUCGAAUUAGCCGAUCUCGACCAUGCAGAGACUUGGAUUGGCGCAGUUUACAAAAUCCUUCAAUACUAUGUUGAGCGGAUCGAAGGCAGCAGAAUUGAGUUGCGUCAUUCAUCCCUCGUCUUUGAUUACAGCGACGCCGAGGAUCUUUCAGGGGCGUUCAAACAGGCUGGAGAGUGUGCCAAUCAUAUCAAUGAUGCCUGUCGUGGACAGAACGUCAGUGCUGUUCCUGUCGAGGAUGGACUACUCAUUUCCGAAAUGGACGUUAACAAGGGCAAUGCUGCUGCUGCCAUCAUCGAAAACCUGGAAUCCUCCGUCGCCUCGGAAGGAUUGACCUUUCCGGACUUUCUUCUUGUCAUCGGUGACUCUCGAGAAGAUGAGUAUGUCUUUAACUGGGCACAUAAGCUUGAAAAGGCCGGAAAGAUCAAGGAGGUGGUGACGGUGACACUGGGAGCUAGAAGCACAGAAGCAUCUGCUACGUUGACCCAAGGUGUGACAGGUAAGUGUAACACAGCUUGUAUGAUUGCACUUGAGACUAAUUGAUCGCAGGCGUCCUCACCAUCUUGGAGAAGCUUGUGCGAGCCAAAGCCGAGGGCCAACCACCGAGCAAUGGAGCGCCGAAGUGAUGCUGGACGAUGUUGGACGGGGCUAUGGACAGGGGAAUGCCUGACAUGGAGUAUCAAGUGCUGGAUGACGAAUUUACGAUUGUGCUCUUCCACAAUGACCGAUGAAUUUCGGAGUUUCAUUUUCUUUUACUUUUCUUAUCCAGCGAUGAGGCAACGCAAGGCAAUAGAUUUGCACGGUACGAUACCAUUGCAUAUUCAAUUAGCGAUGAACAGCAUUGAUGGGCAUAGACAUGGGUGUGAGCAUGAGCGUCGUGGGCUGUUCCCACUUUUAUUCGUUCUUACAUUUCACAAUGAGCACAAAGCAGAGUACAUUAGAAUUCGAAUUAGCAGCACAUUCUACGAGGAUAGAGUUGGAGCUUGUUGCUUGUAUCGAUUUCCAAAUGUAAGUACUAGGUACCUAGACUUACGUUCCAUUACCAGACUUACAUGGUAUACCUAUUUGAGAGAACUCAUCAGAGAGGAGAACAUAACAAGAUUGAUUUCUGGGAUCCGGGGGGAAUGACGUGAGAAGGCUUAUAUCAAAGAACUUUAAGUUUUGUCUUGGGGACAACAGUGAUGAAGUACUAGGUAGUGUACUAUGAAUACAAUAAUAGCAUAACCGUC